ACCAAAACAAAACACACACAAACACGCACAUAUACUCGUAGUUAGAAUUCCAGAUCCUGAUCCCUAGCCGGGAUUCUUAAUGCUGCUUUUUUGCUUGAAAUAAAGAAAAAUACCUGCAAAUCUGGAUGAAACUGAAGUGAUGAUCGCCGUAUCAGAACCUCUAUUGGAAUAUAUUCCACGAGGUCGACUGGCGGUCGAUGAGCAUCCCGGACCCACUGAGAUAAAACAGCACCCUCACCUACCAUCUGAGAAUAUAUUGUUGUUACGCCUGCAAAAUGUGAAUAUAUCGGCCAAGGAUGAAUACAAUGAGUAUUGGUGUGUUCGUGAAAUUUAUGAAGAAUGCUGUCAAAAGACAACAACAACAAAGAAUAGCAGUAAAGGACACAAUGGUAACAAGAAGGGAAUGGCAUCAUCGUUAUGUGCCGGUGAAAAGAAAUCGGAAUUGCGCCAUGGUCCACCUGAGUAUAUGUGCGAAUAUGUUGUCAAUUCGGAGGAGGAAUUGUAUGUUAAAAAGCAUACAGCUGUAUGGACUAGAGGUAUAUCCGAUGAACGCUGUGUCCUUCCUCGUUUGUGCUUUACUUGUGAGACUCCUAUAAAAUUUGCCUUUUUCUGCAACAAGGCAUUCAUAGGUGCCUCUAAAGAGAAAUCAUCGCCGGAGGAAGAUGAACAAAAUAUAACAUCAAUAUGUUUAAUAGAUCAAAACUCCCUUAGAGUUUACUGCAGCAAUGGUGAAGAUUUUUUGUCCAAUCUUGAAUUUCCCAUUUCCAGUGUUUGGCCAACACGUUUUGGCAUUUUACUGGAGAAAGUGUCCUCUACUACUGUCAUACAAAAUCACUCAAUUUCCAUGCCUAGACUUUUCUCUUUGGGACACCCUUUGGAUGAGAUUUGCCCUGUACUUAACAAAUCAGCAACCAAUGUCAUAUCGUAUCUCAUCGAAUCGGAUUAUAAGAUUAUAUUUUCUGAUGAGAAUUCAGAUUUGUUACUUUUAUGCGAUACAAAAAUUGGAAAACAUUUUAUAGCACGUCUGCGUAAGGCUUCGACAGAGGAAAUACAAUAUAUUGGAACACAAAAUGAAACUGUUUUGGGUAGCAGUCAUCAGUUUAGUGUGCAUAAACCGAAUUUGGGUGUAACUGUCGGUGGUCAGGGAAGUUUUUCACAGAGUAGCAUGAAAUUUACUGGAGCUCAAAAAAAUAGCACUGCUCAUUUGGGACGCACCAGUUUGGGAACUUCAAACUAUACAACACACAUAAGCAAAUUUUUGAACAGUGCCCAUUCGCUAAGUGGAGCUUUUGGCAAUUUUAAUCGUUCUACACCUGCAUCACCCUUAAGUAAUUUACAAUCAACUAUUGGUCAACAUUCCAUAUCGGUACAGGAUAUACGUAAGUGUGGCCAAUCUCAACCAUCCAAGCCGAUAGUACCGGAAUUGUGUUUGGAACAUAUAUGGACUGAAAAUACCUAUGGCAACAAUCGUGAAUUUGGUGAAAUGUCUUCAAAAGCCUUCAUACAUACCGAUUUGGUGGGGCAAACCUAUUUGUGCUACCUGUUGCCUAGGUCAUGCAAACUGCAAAUGGUUCAAUUGAAUAAUUAUGACAGCAAGAAUUUGCAAAUUGCAACCAAAUGCACAUCGAUUGUGGCAAAGGAUGCUGUGCCUUUGGAGCGCAUGAAUAUGAUUGCAGUUUUAGAUCCUGCUGGAACAUUAAUACUUUAUACUGGAGGAGUUCUGGUGUCAAAAGUUCAUAUUCCUAAUACUCUAGCGGGCAAUACUUCGUCUGCUUCAAAGGCUGCCCCGAAUACAGCUUCUAAUCAUCCAAGCAAAUCUCCAAAUACUUCAUUUCCUAGACGGAGUAGUUUAUUGCCUUCAGCACAAAAGCCUGGCGAUACAACAUUCGAAGAUGAACUUCAUAUGUUGUCUCCCGUUCAUCCCCUACAGCCGCAACUAUUUAGCAGAUCCAAUAACGUAUGUCUAGGUCUUAGAGAUCCUGCCGGCAAUCGUUUAACUUUAACUUAUAGCUCGGGAAAAAUGUUACGCAUAACAUUACCCCUCAUUAAUGAGACAAAAUUGGUAUCACGCUGCAUUGGUGCAUUGAAGCAAGUCCUGAAAAGGGAUCAAUUUAUACACAUGAUAACAAAAUGGUAUGGGGCACGUAAUCCGCCUGGGUCCAGUGACUAUUGUAUCGAGCAAGAAUGGGAUAUAUUUCGCAAUGUGUUGUUAGAUCUCAUGGGCUAUUCAGCGACCAUGCAUGAUGUUAGCAGUGGCACAGCUACUUCAUUUUAUGCCGAGGAACCAAAAAAACGAAAGAAAAAUGAUGAGAUUCAUUCGGGCACCGAAGAGGAUUGGCAGUUUAUGCUAAAUAUUCUAGAUGGUAAUGUUGGCAUGGAAAAUGUUGGAAAGUCUCAAAGUCAGCAAAUGUGUAAUAAUAUUGAAACCUCGGCGAUAUUAUUCAAUACCAUACCGGCCAUAUUCUAUAGUUUUCAUUUGCUCUAUGAAGAUUUUAAAUUGGAUGAAUCCAUGCAUCAACAUUUAAGGCCCUUGGCAAAGUUCCUUCAUCAAUUGGCCUUUGAUAUGCAAUUGCAGUCCUAUACUUUCCAUUACUCGCUUGAUUUUCCUUUUCUGAUUAAGAAUGCAUCCAAAACCUGCAUUCUCACAGAACAACAUGGUGCUCAAAUGUUGCACAAAGAACUUUUGCAGGUUGCCGCACCAAAUGUUUUCCAACAAAUGGAGUUUAUACUUAAGGAUAAGGACAAUAUACCCUAUAACUAUGUGGAUGGCAUAAAUGAUUUAAGUCGUAAUGUGCUGCAGGUGGUAUCCCUGAUAAUACAUGGCCAUGAGAAAAUUAAAAAAUGGAUUAAGCUUUUGGAAUUUCCCGAGUCUGUACAGUCGCAUUUUCCCAAGAAACCCAAACGUUUUAUUUCGGUGAAUGUUUCGCGAUCGGAGCAAGUCAUACAAAUGUUAAUAAACAUGGAAAUGACUCGCAAGGAUAUUGAGCGUCUACCGGUAGGCAUACAUCUAUGUAUUGCAGAAUGCCUAGAGUAUUCAAGACUUGAACCACCCAUUGGCUGUUCGCCCACAACAUAUGAAUUGAUAUUGCGUUCCGAUUUAGUGGCCCAUGCUAAAUUACAAAAUCAUAAUUUUACCCAAUCGCUUAAUCAUAACUCUGGAUAUCUGCAAAAGGUAAAUAUCGAUACAGAAGAUUCCUUGUCGGCCCGUUGUCCACCAUCGAAAAAUGGAAUUUCUCAAAUGGAAGCAGCUCUCGAUGACGGUAUGGACAACAUCGAUACGAAACUAUUGAGUCUGCGAUUUCCCGAUGAUAUGCGUGUGGCUGAGGUAAGAAGGCUGCUGUCAUCUUCAGAACCGGUUAUCAUCGAUAUAACACAAUCACCGGGCACUUCAGAUCAUGAGUUUAUAGAGGAACAAGAGAAGCAAUUAUUUACGCUAUGCACCAGAACUAUGACUCUGCCUUUGGGUAGAGGCAUGUUUACUUUGCGAACCUCAAUACCCACACCUACCGAAUCUAUGCCCAUACCCAAGCUGUGUUUGACCGGCAAAGAACCCAUUAAGGGUGCCACCGUGGAAAUGCAGCAAAUUGAAUUUCCCCAAAAUAUGAGCCUUUGGCCCACAUUUCACAAUGGGGUAGCAGCUGGCCUUAAAAUUUCACCCAAUGCCCGCGACGUAGAUUCUACAUGGAUAGUUUACAAUAAGCCCAAGGGUCAGGCGGAUAUUUCCACCGAGCAUGCUGGUUUUCUUAUGGCUUUGGGCCUAAAUGGCCAUCUUAAGACUUUGUCCUUCAUGAGCAUUUAUGAGUAUCUGGUGAAAUGUGAUGAAAUGACUAGUGUGGGCUUGCUACUGGGAUUUUCCGCCACACACAGAGGCACCAUGAAUAAUACUACCACAAAAUUGCUAAGUGUGCAUAUAGAGGCCUUAUUGCCGGCCACUGCUUUGGAGCUGGAUAUUCCUCAGAAUAUACAAGUAGCUGCUCUAAUGGGCAUUGGCCUAUUGUAUCAGGGAACGGCCAAGCGUCACAUAGCUGAGGUUUUGCUGCAAGAAGUUGGGCGGCCUCCCGGACCAGAAAUGGAAAAUAGUAUAGAACGUGAAUCAUAUGCCCUGACAGCUGGUCUGGCUUUGGGUUUAGUAACACUUGGGCAGGGCGAAUCUCCGGCAGGCCUUAGAGAUUUACAAUUGCCUGACACUUUACAUUAUUAUAUGGUGGGAGGCAAUAAACGGUUGCUGACUGGUUCACAGAAAGAGAAGUAUAAACUACCUUCAUUCCAAGUUCGCGAAGGUGAACAGGUUAACAUUGAUGUCACUGCGCCGGGAGCUACUCUGGCACUGGGUUUAAUGUUCUUCAAUACAGACAAUAAAGCAGUAGCGGAAUGGAUGAAUCCUCCCAAUACCAGAUAUUUAUUGGAUUUAGUUAGACCAGAUCUAUUGCUACUGCGCACCAUUGCUCAUGGCCUGAUUAUGUGGUCCGAAAUUAAAGCCGACGAAGAGUGGCUACACCAGCAGUUUCCAGCGAACUUGCGUUUUGAUGUCGAGAAGGGUGCUCAAGUGAAUGACAAUGAGGAUAUUGAUCAUGAGGCUAUAACUCAAGCUUACUGCAACAUUAUUGCUGGUGCUGCCUUCUGCAUAGGCUUAAAGUAUGCUGGCUCUGAAAAUCCCACAGCCUUCAAGACUCUUAGGCGUGCCAUUAAACUAUUCCUGGGAUUUCCUGGAAAAUAUGUUGGAGAAUUUGCUGGACGCACAACAAUUGAAAAUAGCCUUAUGGUCAUAUUGCUGGCCAUUUCCUUGGUGUUUGCUGGUUCUGGUGAUUUGGAAAUUCUACGUAUUAUACGUUACCUUAGAUCUCGCAUUGGCUCUCAACAUCCUCAUGUUACUUAUGGCUCACACAUGGCCAUACAUAUGUCAUUGGGCUUUUUGUUUUUAGGAGCUGGACGUUUUACCAUUUCGAAAACUCCCGAGGCAGUGGCCGCUUUAGUGUGUGCACUAUUUCCAAAGUUUCCCACGCACAGUAAUGACAACAGAUAUCAUCUUCAAGCUUUUCGCCAUUUAUAUGUUUUGGCUGUGGAACCUCGCCUAUUUUUGCCUCGUGAUAUUGAUACCCAAAAGUUGUGUUUGUGCAACAUUUCCGUAUUAGAGGUGGGCUCUAAGGAACUGAGACGUUUACCCAUGGCCCCUUGUAUGUUGCCUGAAUUGAGUUCUUUGCAAAAGGUUGUGGUGGAUGAUCCAAACUAUUGGCCAGUUUCAUUUGAGAAGGAACGCAAUUGGAAUCAAUUAAUCAAAGCCUUGGAAAACUCCGCCUGCAUUGAGAUAAAGAAACGCUCUGGCUGCCUAUCUCACCUAGAGGAUCCUGAUCGUCUGAAGAGUUUAUUUUCGCAAACAUUGACCACAGAGCAAUACAUUUGCUGGGAGAUUGAUCCGAAGACAUUGGAGCGAUUUUCCAAUGAACCUUAUGUUAUAGGUUUUACAGAUCGUUUUCUACACUUAGAUGAGCCUGAAUCGUCCAAUACCGAAUUGGCUUUGAAGCAGCAUUUGACCAUGCUAUUCUACAAUGCAGUGGUCAAGGAUAAAAUGCAUGUGCUGCCCAUAUUUAUGGCCACCUAUAAUCAUAUUUUACGCCUCACCACCCAAGAGUCCAAUUUCAAUGAUGUCUGGCAAUUGAAAUUAUUAAAUUGUUAUCUCGAUCAGUAUUCCCAUCCGCAUAUAUUAUUCCCGAAGGAACUUAUAUCCUCUUAUAUUGAACAAUUUAAAGUUUUUAUGGAGACUUGCCGGCAAAAGCUAUCGGCACCGCUAAGACAAUUUUUAAGUUCACAUGAUUUCGAAUCUCAUGUUAUAGCAAAUCUAACACAACAGGACUUGGCCCAUUUAGUGGCUGUGGUCAUUUACUAUCAGCUAACACCAAAUCUGUUAAACAGUUUGGUGCAAGCACCUACAAAUUAUGUGGGCUACAUAAAGGAAUUCAGAAAACUGGAUUUGGAGGCAAAUACCACACAAUGUUUGUUAAAGAUUCUACAAGCCACCAGUGCCUGAGAUGUACAAUGAAUGACUCACACCCAGACAGCACAACAUUUAUGAUAUAAGAAAACAAACAAUUACAAAUGAAGACAAACUCAAAAGAAAUAUAAUUUAUUAACAAGAAAACAAAAUACAUUUAGAAAAAGGUAUGUAUGUACAUAUGUGCACUUGGUAUAUAUACAGAUUUGCAUUUGGUAGAGUUACAUGCAAGGCAUGACAAAACAAUUCAACCCUUAAUGGAGUGUAGAUUUUUACGAUGUCCUCAUAUUUUCGUGUUCCUCCUGUAGUGAGUUGUCGCCCUUUAUGACAUGGCCUGUAAAUUUCUGAUACAAAUAUAAAGCUAAUAAAGGAAACGGUGUCAUAAUGGCCACCGCAACAGGUAUUACAGUA